AUUUGCACUGGCUGUUUUUCUUUCUUCCCCCGUUUUGUUUCGAGCGAGACCUAAACCAGUGCCAUACGAACUGUGCAAGAAAAAAGAAAAAGAACGACAACAACGAAGCUACCAAAGUCACGCUUACCAUUCAUACCUCAUGUUUCACUUAGUGUUACCUUGAGUUCACACAGCGUUCAGAUUCAAUAUCAGAAUAGUCGUUUUUUUAUUUUGUCUCCCUAACACAUAAAAUACACAUUUCAUAUCCUUUUUACGUCAAAAUUGCAUUGAAGCUCAAAGCGUACAUAAAGUUAUAACAUUCUAUCAAUCAAAAAGUAGUUAGAACCACAUUGUGGAGAGUUAGCCUAAUGCCUGUAGUUAAAUGUACAUUUACUGUCCUUCGUCAGUUAAAAAAAUAUAUAUAAUUUUCUGCUCCUAAAAUCUUUCAGAUUUGGAUGAAUAGUGCAUUAUUGGUUCAUUCAACUAAUCUUUAAUGGUGACCUGUAUUUGUUUGUAGUACAUUAGUUGGAGAGUGGUAAGCAGUGAUAACUCACAAACUUGCUCAGGCUCUGAAAGCUCGGCCCCAGAUCGAUCAAUCGAACUAGGCGUUGACUGACUGAAGGGCAAGACAGGUCACAUAUAACGUGAUACAUUGACCUCGCUGCUAUUUUGUCGCUACUUUGCUCAUCUCCCUCAAUUAUAUACCUCACAUUUUUCUUCUUCUUCUUCUCUCUCUCAGCUUCCCUCUAGCAUUCUCGCAUACAGCACAUGUAGGCACACCACAUUUAACCAUCUGAAAAUCCUCAGUUUCCUUUUAACCCGGAUGAUAUUCAAACCCUCGUUUCUUCCUCUCCAAACAUGCAACACAGCCCCCCUCAGUGUAUUGAUGGUGUCUGUCAAAGGAGAUAACACUUCAACACAUAAAGCCGUAUCACACCAGCCAUACUAUGACCCAACAUUUACAUCUACCAUCUUACCCUGUUUUAACACUUCUUUGCAUCAACAACAUCUCGUAUAGUCACUUUCAAAUAUAGGCGCGCUCAAACAUCCAGGGAUACAGUGAAGAGCUUAUAUGACACUAGGAUACCAUUUCCCAUCAUUCAUUUUCAGAAGAAAAUAGCUUAGAAAGCUAUUCAUAUUAGAUUGUUCUACUUUUUCCGUUUAGGUCCCAAUGACCAUGUAUCUGUAGUCAUCAGCCCAGGUUAGGUUAGGCUGUAAAGGGACCAUAUCAUAGUGUACAUUUUCUCCACAUAUUCUGCAUUGAACCAAUGAAUCCAGACAUUUUCAUGUCUGUUCUGUGGGCGGAGCCGCGCUGUCCUGCCAGAACCGGGCCCAAGCCCACCUUCGUUCUAUUCUGUUGGGCCGAGUUAAACUCAGAGCAGAGACACUCCCGCAAGGGGAUCAAACGCACAUAGAUCCUUAGCCUCCUUUCGUCCCUCCACCUCCCAUUCACCAGUCCCUUCUUCCCUCUCUCACCUUUUCCUAAUUCACCAACAAACAGAAAUUACUAUCUCUGGCUGCCUUUAUUCAUUUGGUCCAUCACUCGCUGUGUUACAUCUUAGUUUUCCCUUUCUCACUAAGUUAGGCGUGAAUUGUGUGGUCCCAGUUUGUCUCAACUAUAUAUGCUGCUUGGUACAUUUCUUCAGUACCCAUUUUCACCGGACCUUGUUGACAAGCUUUUGUGAUUGGUCCUUUUCUCAAAGCGCAAACUUUUUUUGUGUGUGUGUGGCUUUUCCAACCACUGCAUUUAAGUCCGAAAUGUAGAAUCCCAAGUCUCUCUGAAGGAUAUUUCCUCAAUUGACCACCCCACCUCUAUUUCCUUUCUCUCAAUAUUGAAAGUUUGUGAACAAAUAGAACAUUCAGUGCAGAAUGACACUAUCAAGUUAAUACUGAUAAUAAACCAAUCUGUUCGAGCACAUGUAUGGACAUGGGGAAUUAGAGGCACCUAAAGCUGCCAACACCAUUGUUUACAAUUCACACAAAGUUUUACAUUAAGAUUUGCGGGUCAAACGCAGAAAACGGAAGUGCCAAUUCCAAGUGAUAAUAUAAUUAAGCAUAGGUGGAAAAGUACUCAAAUAAAGAAAAUGAAGUUUACAUGCAACCCUUAAUGUUUACAGACUACACCUGCCCUUCAAAUAGGAUUCGCUUGCUACCUUAUCCAUAACUUCGUAGGACAGUUCAAAAGAGUCCGACGGGUACGAAACGUUUACACAUUGAUUUUGUUUACAAGAUAAUACUGCCUCUCAUAAAGAAAGACAACCCACACUUGCCAUUUUAGUGAGGUCUGCACAGUAGAGACCACAAACAUUAUCAUUACUCUUACCAUUCCAUUAAAUAACACUUUAUUGACUGAUGUUUACAAUAUAUACAUUUUCCAGCAUCCUCCUCAUCUAUUUUGUUUUUGUGUGCUAAGUUGAAGUUGUCGAGACAAACUUCAAAUGGUCCUUUUCACAAGUAUAGCCAUAAUAUAGGCCAGUACAUGCUAAGGUCUAGAACGUAGAAAUAUAGGAAUAUAUAAAACCUUAACGUUUACAUGAGCUGCUUACGAACGAGAAUAGAUUUGUAUUGACAGCUUGAGAGAGAUGUUUACAUAAAUACAUACAAGUUACACGCCACACGCAUUGCUUGAACAAGCAAAAACAAAAAUCACUUUUAAACAACGUAAAAACACCCACCCUAGUGUGUGUUCUGUACACGGAAGCAGCAACAAAGGAUUAGUUCAUCGUAUUCCAAUUGAAACCUUUUGAGUAGAAGCUUUUUAUAUUUUUUAGACUUACACGCCAGUGAAAUUCAAAGACACUUUCCCUCUUGGAAGAGGACCUCGAUAUUUGAACACCCGGCGGGGGCCUUUAAAAAAUAAAACUUUGGCUCAGAAACGCUGAAACGUUGAAAAAUGAGGCCAAGAACCUACAGAAGGAUGUUCAGCAACUCCCUCAUAUUUUCCCUUGUGUCCGGCCUCGUCCUUUCCACCGUCACCAUCACCACAGAGCGCCGCUCAUCCAACGGCGGCAGCACCCUGUUCCUCCUCACCGGCUUUGGGAACAAACCGAUGCCGCCGCCCCCGGGGGGGGCGAAGGUGGCGCCCAAAGCGGCUGAGAUGGAGGACGCUCACGACGGCGAGCCGAAAGAACCCGAAACGCUCCCCAAGCCCCUCCCUCAGAUCAAGCUCCCUCAGAACAUGACGGCGGCGGACGCCCUCAAGCCCCCUCUGGGUGCUGCCCAGGUGGCUCCGCCCCCCCGGCGCCUGGUGGAUGUGGACGUGUGUCGGGCCUACUACGACGUCAUGGGCCAGUUAGACAGCACUUUCAACUGCUCCAAGGGCACCUACAUCUACUGCUGCGGCACCUGCCACUACCGCUACUGUUGUGAUCACCAGCGUAGCCGCUUGGACCAGGAGUCGUGCAACAACUACAACUCGCCCGGUUGGCUCGACACACCGCAGACGAACCCCCCGCUGUCGGGGAACCGGGGUGACCCAGACUCGGAGCAGCUGCAGCAGCAGAGCAACAGCACGGCGUACGUGAUCGGAGGGGUGAUCUCCGUCACCCUGGUGGUGGCCGUGGGCAUCAAGGUGGCCUUCCACAAGAUGUCCCGACGACCCCGGAACAGAGACAUCAACAUGCCCAGAGCCCUGGUGGACAUCCUACGCAGCCAGGCCAGCCCGGUCCAACAGGGGGAGAGGAACGACAGCAGCGUCCUGACCAACGCCACCGUAGGAGACGGCCUCGGUCGUCCCCCCAAGGGCCUCUACACCCCGGUGCUCCAGAGCAAAGACAACCGCAUUGGCAACUUGCACCACAAUUUUAUCCAGGUGUCUGGUUCCAGUCCCAAACGCUCGGCUGCUAAGGAGCGCGUGCCCCGCAUGAACAACGCCCAGCUGGCCUCCACGGGGACCCUCCUCACCGGCAAGCACAGCAGCUCCGGCCUGCACCCGCAACCCCCUUUCUCGCACUCCUUCCACAACCUGGCCCAGCUUCCCCCCUCCUACGAGGCGGCCAUGAAACCUGAGAUCAGCCGCUACAGCUCCCUGAAGAGGCUCGAGAAAGAUUUGGAGGACUACUCUGGCUACUACUCAUCGAAGCGACGACCUAACAACGCCCCUCUGUCGUUCCACUCCUCCCAGCACCACCUCCACUGGGGCGGUGACUACACUCUCGGAGCCAGGGGUACCCUCCCCCUCCACUCCUCCCGGACACAUAUCCACGUGCCCACAUCCACCCCCAACCCCUACCCUCUGCCAGCCCAGUCGUCGGGGUACCAGGCUGCCUUCGACAAGGCCCCGCGGAGGGUCAUGUCCCAGGACCAGCUCCUAGCGCUUGGCGAGGGCAACACCCUCUCCAGACUCUCCAAGAACCAGCAGCACCAGUACUACAAGGCCAUGACCACCAGCAAGAGCUCCACCUCACAGACGCUUCGCAAGUCCCACGAGAGACUCCUAGUCUCGCCUGACUGUCUGGAGGAGAGGAUGGUGGGCAUGGGCAUGCCAGGGGUAGGCGGUAUGGUGGGUAUGAGCGGGAUGGGGGAAUUUGGGGGGAUGGGCGUCCCGACAAUGGGAUGCCUCAGCCACAAGGCCCAAUCACAGCAGAACAUCUGCGUCACACCCUCGCUGGACCGCCAUCACAUGAUCAAGAUGAACUCCCACCCCACAUCGGGCCACGAGCUGGAGAUGAGUGUGGCGGGCCACCCGGUAGGAAGCUGGGGGGACCCUCAUGGACACGGACCAGGGGCCGGGGUAGGGCAAGGGAGCGGGGCGGGGACCAUCGGGGGCCACAACGUGCGGAGGAUGGCAUUCGCCGCCAAGAGGCAGAACACCAUCGAACAGCUCCAAUAUAUCCCUGGUGGCGGAGGAGGGGGCCAGACAUUGAGGACGGCUAGUAAGAACGAGGUGACCGUGUGAGAGAGUAAAGCCAACAGUAAAGGAGAGAUGAAGGUCGUGUUGAGAAUGUUCAAGCUGAACGUAUUCACGCAGAAAGCAAAGGGAGAGGAAGAGAAGGUCAAUUGGGGCAUGAUGGAAAGAUAGAUGAAUAGAAGAAGAAACAAGAGAGGCAAGGGCAAGCUGAUGAGAGAGAGAGAAGGAUAUGACGGGGAUACUACGUCCCAACAAGAAUGAAAGAUGUGAGAGAAGAGUGGAUGCCAUUGUUACCUGUUGCCAGGAAACACAGAAAAGGGCAAUGAUAGAAAGAAACCUUUGAGAAAAUUGAAUUAUUAGAGGGAAUUUUGAAUGAAGCCUAUUGAUUUGAUUCAUGUUAUUGUGAGUCUUGGGAAAGAGAAUAUUCAACCAUAUUGUUGAGGAGGGAGAAAGAAAAAGGGCCAUGUAUAGAGCAAAAAAGGAACAAUUUCACUAAGUUUUUUGUGCUAUUGAAACAUUAUCCGAGCACAUGAUGACUUUUACUAGUGGAUUAAAUGGUUAUUGGGUUUCUUGUUGCUCUGACAGAGAGAACGAAACUGUCUUUGAAUCGGAACAGACACAGAUGGAAUGCAGAACAAUGUGAUGGCGGUUUAACUUUUGUAAAAAAAAAAAAUACAAGACUGUAAAUUGUUGUUUUUCGUAAAGGAAUAAAGCCCUGUUACAGUAUGUGUAUUCUGGGGGGGUAUCACACAGCUAUAGCCUGAUGACUUAAUGGCUGACAAUGAGUGGACAUUUGAGUUGCCCAGUGUCACUGUCCUAAUUUUUGAUUGGACGACUUGAAAAUAGACACAUUUGGAGUACUGUUGCUAGCUACCACAAUCUCACACUACAGCCAUAACUUAGUCUGCAGACGUCUUGUAUAAGGUCAUGUAAGGGUUGAACCUCUUGAUUAUGGCUGGAUUUCUUCAGUUAUUAUUAGCAUGAUUUGACACAAAUAUAACUUUGCUGCAUGACCUUUGCACCCUGAUUGGCUGGCUGGUCGACGUGAUGGCUGUCAUUCCCAUAGAGACCCAAGUCUCAAAUGAGGUCAGUUUCCAAACUGUGGAGCGCUGAUUCCAGUUAUGUUUUAUAGUCACACAGAAAUGCUUUGACACUGUUAUUCCAUACACAAUGUCAGUCACGUUUUUUUAAGGAGUUAAAGACCACCUGAAAGGGGGAAAAAAUAAACAAAAUGGUUGACCACAUGAGAAUGAAUGCUCAGUGAAGAUGUGUUCAUUUUGAGGGACACUGCCAUGCAGAGGAUUUAUCUCGUGGCUAAUGCAAGGGCUUUGUUUAGCCAUACCUGCCCAUGGGUCUGUCCCUUAAAACAGUCUCCAAGACCAGUCAAGCUCCUGCUCCAUUGAUAAUCCUUUCUGAGCUGUUUACCAGGAUCGUGAGGUAAAACAUCGAUUUGUUAGUAGUUAAUAUACCAAUCACUACUCCGACUUCGCUGAAUUCCACAUGACUGUUUCUGAAACUCAAGCCGUUCACAAUAUUUGGAGGAAUGGAGGGAAAGGGAGAACAGAAGACAAUGGACACAACACCAAGGGCUAUUCUGAAAACUCUUUAUGUGUGUCUGUGGUCUGUACUAUGUUGGCUUUUUCUGUGUCAAUAUUGGAGAAGGUUUGUGCAACACUGCAGAAAUGACUGACACAUUUUGUAAGUGUGAAGAAAACCGAGUCAAUGCUGCAAAGCUACUUUGUGCCCUCGUGAGGUUGACAUUGAGUGUGACAAAAAGCCAUCAUACUAUUGUCUUUUUUACAUUGCAGGGGCGGGGGUGGACCUAAUGUCGUAUUUUGUACAUUUACAAAAGUUUAUUUUUUUGUGGGUUUGACAGAUUAUAAAAUGGAAGAUGUGGUCAUUUUUGGCCAAUUUUGAAAGGGUUGAACUCUCAACUUUGACUGAAGGGAUAAUGAGACCAUAGUAUUUACAAAAUCUUUGUAUAGUAUUUUGGCUCGCCCCUUUAACUGUGACUGGAUGAAGACAAAAAUGUGUUACUUUCAGCCAGACAAUGUUUUUAAAGCUCUAUGAUAUGUGUUUGUGUUUAUGGUCAUGAUUAUGAUUACUAUAGAUUUACUCUUUGAUUAUUAUUAUCAUCAUCACCAUGAUUAUUAGUUCCCUUAUUAUUAUUUAUUCUCUGUGAAGCUCAAUGUUUCCUGGAUUUUGAAUAUUCAUCUUUCUAGUGGAUUUUAACCUUUUUGUAUUCUUGAUUUAAAAAUUUUAAAAAGCAGAUGCAAUCAAAGUGAAAAGACAAGCCGCAUGAAGAUGUCAAAGCCAGUGUUUGCGAUGUCAUAGUGCUGACUUAUGAUGUCAUGGCGUGUAUGUGUAAUGUACAUGCGUCUGUAUUUGUGUGCCCGGGUGGGUAUUUUAAUUUAUUUUCAGGAAUACUGAAUCUCACAUUUGAUCUGACUUGGGAUAUGGCAAGUAAGACAAUUUUGUGUUUCUCAGAGAAUCCACAAACUAUUUCAAACCCAAAGCUAUGAUAUUAUUAUUCAUAUUGGCUUUUUGGAUUCAAAAGCCUAGUAUCAGAAAGGACAUCAAUCAAAGCUGUCCUUGUAAAGUGACAUUCACCAAAGCAAAUGUAACUAAAUCUACUUUUCUCACAUUUCAAGGUGUAGAGCAAAAGCUAUACAAUUCCAUUGUUUACAUUUUUUUGUGAAAAUUUGUGCAUUUCAUUAUAAGAUUACAUUUGUGUGACCGGAAUCUUUACUAUUUAUUGUAAAGAAUGAGGAUUUUGCUAGAAUAGUUUGGAGAAUGUAUUGUGACUUGCCUUGUUGUCUAACAUGAUUAUGGAUCACCAAUUAUAGCACUAGAAUGGUCCAAUGAUUUUUACAGCAAGAACUUCAGAUUCCAUAAUUGGAAUCUUGUUAAACUUAAACGAAGAGAGGCAAAACAUAUUUAUGUCACAGGAAGAUUCAGUUAUUUUAAAUGUAUGUUUUUAUUGUACUUUGAGGUAUACUGAUGUUGUGAUUAUGUUUUUGUUGAGUACGCCCUCAUUAAUCUGUGUGCCUGUAAAUGUACUGUUGAUUAAUGUGUGUGUGUGUGUGCCUGCAUGCGUGUGUGUGUGGUCUGAGGAAAUGAUUCCAGGUGUGUGUGUGGGUGGAGGUAAGAGGGAGGUUGUGGUAUAAAAUGGUUGUUUUGGUGUGUGGCUCGUGGGGUGACAUUUAGUGGCGUGAGGUUUUCCAGAUAGAAGGAAGUGGAAGUAAACAUGAAAUAGCUUUAUUGGCCCCUAAUUGUAUUGCGGGACAAUGAGGCAGGGGUGUACUCUAUUACCUCAGAAAAAUGUAUAGGGAUUAAUCUAAUAGAUAAACCCCAUAUCUGUUUCCAAGACUAUUAAGUGAAGAUCUCACAAGCGUGCAACCCUUAUUUUGGUUAUUGGUGAAUUCUCGCAUUUGUAGAAUCAUACUGUUCAAUUGAUAAUAACAAUAAUAAAAAUCCCAACAAUUACAAA